GAGGUUCGAUUCAGUGGGCCUGGCGGGUCCGGAGACGCCUGGCGGUUGUUAACGCGCGCUUUGGGAAGAGGAAGGUUGAAGCGGGAGUGCUAGGGCCCGGAUUCACUUCUGCUGUUCUUUCCAGCUCUUCCUGGUAUUCCCCUCCCAAGCUCGGGUCUUUUACUUGUCCUGCCUGGACCCCUGCUCGACCUCCCCCAGUCUGGGCCUGGCUUUCGCGCUCCAGACCUGGGAAAAACCCCUUCGGACUCGGCGCCUCGUCCUCCCCACGCCUUGGAUUUUCACCCCGGGCCCCCUCGCCUGGCCUGUGAUUUCUUCCCCACCCCCGCAACUACCCCCUGCCGUCACGUCCAUCUGGGACCAUUAUCCCGACUCCACUCUGCCCAGUCUGGUACUCCAUCUUUCUCUCCCCCGUCCCCUCCCCCACCCCAGAUCUUUACUCACCUUUGCUUGGAUACUUCCUCUGUGGCCUGCUCUUCCGCCUCGCCUAACUGGCGACCGACACUCUUACAGUUUUGGCCCAAACUCCAGCCUCUAGCUGGAUUCCCUCCAUCCCUGCUCCGUCUUUAAUUAGCCCAUGCUUUCGAUAAUACAGCAGCCUGCUUUAACCGGCCAUAGUUCUGCAUUCUCAGCUGCUGGGUGCCUUUGAUCUUUGUCUGAUGGGUACUUGACGUUUUAUGCUCCUGAGCCCAGGAUGAGGAAGAGCUUAGCUCCUAGCCAGCUGGCCAAGAGAAAACCGGAAGGCAGACCUGGUGAUGAUGAAGACUGGCAGCCUGGGACAGUGACUCCCAAGAAACGGAAAUCCAGCAGUGGGACUCAGAGCCAGGAGUGUUUCCUGUCUCCUUUUCGGAAACCUUUGAUUCAACUAACCAAUCGACCACCCUGUCUGGAUAGUAGUCAACAUGAAGCCUUUAUUCGAAGCAUUUUGUCAAAGCCUUUUAAGAUCCCCAUUCCAAAUUAUCAAGGUCCUCUGGGCUCUCGGGCAUUGGGCCUCAAAAGGGCUGGGGUCCGCCGGGCCCUCCACGACCCCUUGGAAGAAGGUGCCUUGGUUUUGUACGAGCCUCCCCCGCUGAGCGCCCAUGACCAGCUGAAGCUUGACAAGGAAAAACUCCCUGUCCAUGUGGUUGUUGAUCCUGUCCUCAGUAAGGUCUUGCGGCCUCAUCAGAGAGAGGGAGUGAAGUUCCUGUGGGAGUGCGUCACAAGCCGGCGUGUCCCGGGCAGCCACGGCUGCAUCAUGGCCGACGAGAUGGGCCUGGGCAAGACGCUACAGUGCAUCACGCUGAUGUGGACGCUUCUGCGCCAGAGUCCAGAGUGCAGACCAGAAAUUGACAAGGCAGUGGUGGUGUCACCCUCCAGCCUAGUGAAGAACUGGUACAAUGAAGUUGGGAAAUGGCUUGGAGGGAGGAUCCAACCUCUGGCCAUUGAUGGAGGCUCUAAGGACGAGAUAGACCAAAAGCUGGAAGGAUUCAUGAACCAGCGUGGAGCCCGAGUGCCUUCUCCCAUCCUCAUCAUUUCCUAUGAGACAUUCCGCCUUCAUGUUGGAGUCCUCCAGAAAGGGAGUGUUGGGCUGGUCAUCUGUGACGAGGGACACAGACUUAAGAACUCUGAGAAUCAGACUUACCAGGCACUGGACAGCUUGAACACCAGCCGGCGGGUGCUUAUCUCCGGGACCCCCAUCCAGAAUGAUCUCCUUGAAUAUUUCAGCUUGGUACAUUUUGUUAAUUCAGGCCUUCUGGGAACUGCCCAUGAGUUCAAGAAGCAUUUUGAGUUGCCAAUUUUGAAGGGUCGAGAUGCAGCUGCCAGUGAGGCGGACAGACAGCUAGGAGAGGAGCGGCUGCGGGAGCUCACCAGCAUUGUGAAUAGGUGUCUGAUACGGAGGACAUCUGAUAUCCUGUCUAAAUAUCUGCCUGUGAAGAUUGAGCAGGUGGUUUGUUGCAGGCUGACACCCCUUCAGACUGAAUUAUACAAGAGGUUUCUGAGACAGGCCAAGCCAGCCGAAGAGUUGCGUGAGGGCAAGAUGAGUGUGUCUUCCCUUUCUUCCAUCACCUUACUAAAGAAGCUUUGUAAUCAUCCAGCUCUAAUCUAUGACAAGUGUGUGGAAGAGGAGGAUGGCUUUGAAGGUGCUUUGGAAAUAUUCCCCCCUGGUUAUAGCUCCAAGGCUCUAGAGCCCCAGCUGUCAGGUAAGAUGCUGGUCCUUGAUUACAUUCUGGCAGUGACCCGAAGCCGCAGCAGUGACAAAGUAGUGCUGGUGUCCAAUUACACUCAGACAUUGGACCUCUUCGAGAAGCUCUGCCGGGCCCGAAGGUACUUGUAUGUCCGCUUGGAUGGCACAAUGUCCAUUAAGAAGCGAGCCAAGGUUGUGGAGCGCUUUAACAAUCCACUGAGCCCUGACUUUGUCUUCAUGCUCAGCAGCAAAGCUGGAGGCUGUGGCCUCAAUCUCAUUGGGGCUAACCGACUGGUCAUGUUUGACCCUGACUGGAACCCGGCCAAUGAUGAACAAGCCAUGGCCCGGGUGUGGCGUGAUGGUCAGAAGAAGACCUGCUAUAUCUAUCGCCUGCUGUCUGCAGGAACCAUUGAGGAGAAGAUCUUCCAGCGCCAGAGCCACAAGAAGGCACUGAGCAGCUGCGUGGUGGAUGAGGAGCCGGAUGUGGAGCGGCACUUCUCUCUGGGCGAGCUGAAGGAGCUGUUUACCCUGGAUGAGGCUAGCCUUAGUGACACACAUGACAGGUUGCGCUGCCGCCGCUGUGUCAACAACCACCAGGUCCGGCCAGCCCCCGAUGGUUCUGACUGUACUUCAGACCUGGCUCAGUGGAACCAUAACACCGAUAAGCGGGGGCUCAAGGAUGAGGUACUCCAGGCUGCCUGGGAUGCUGCCUCCACGGCCAUCACAUUCGUCUUCCACCAGCGUUCUCAUGAGGAGCAGCGGGGCCUCUGCUGAUAAACCAGUUGGUCUGGGUGUAGCUGUUAGAGGAAGGAGACAGGGAAAAAGGGGCUCCUUGCCCCAUAGGACCCUACUCAAUUUUGUUCUCUGGGACAAAAAUCAUCAAGGAUUGCUGCAUGAUGUUUGCCCAAAGUUUAUUUUAUAAGAAAAACUUUUUUGGUUAAAAAAAAAGAAAGGAAUAAAGGUAUGAAAGGGACUGAGGCCUGGGAGCAGCAUGGUAAGCCCAGCGGAGAAGAGGCCUGGUAGUUGACACUCCUAAACUUCUCUAAAGCCUGGAUACCUGCUUGAGGAGAGAAAGCAGGAACCUCGGGCAGGGGGAGGGGAGCCGUCCUCAGUGACUGAUGAGCACUGUAACCUGCCCCAGGGUUCCCAGAGUACUGGGUAAGGGGCCCAAAGGCUCUAUACCCAGUUGUGGGAAUGCCUUUGCUGAGCCCCAUCAAGGCCUCCAGGACCUCAGUGCAAGGGAAGAAGGAAAAAAGAGAAAAAAAGGUGGCAGAAAGAGAAAGACAGAAUUGGUGUUUGGGAGUUCUGGGCAGCCCAUGUCACAGCCCGUGUCUCAGCCCCUGCAAGCCGAUGGUACUGAGCAUGGGCCUAUGAAGCCUGGGCCCCAUCACAUGGUGCUGACAUAAUCUGCGAAGGCCUGGGAUGAGUCCCACGAGUCGCUAACCACGUGGCAAGUGGCCCGGAGCCGCCGAAUGGCUUCCCUGGCUGUGACUGCAUCCUGGUCCAGCCAGUUCUGGAAGAGGCGCAGGUGACCAAAGGCUCCACGGCCCCAGCGCUCCAGCCGCUUGGCGAACUCCAGAAGGCCAUCUGGCUUGAUGCAGUUGGAACUGGUAGGGGUGAGAUGGAUUAGACACCCAGGAAACAACUAAUCCCUGUAUCCCUGCAGCUCCAUCCCUUGUCCCUUCCUCCUCCCCAUGUACCUGAUGUCCAGCUGACACAGAGAGGAGGAUGAAUCCUCUGAGAAAACAUCUGCCAGGGCAAGCAGGCCAGCAUUCCCUGGGGAGAAGGGGAGAAAUGUCUGUGACCACCCAAGAACAGAACAAGGGUGUCCCAACCCAGUUCUGAUCGGGAGAAGCCCAGCCUCCUGAAGCUCCAGCACACAACUAUAUUCCAGCCCCCACGUUCCCAGUGGAGAGGCCUGUGCCCUCCUCCACGGAGGCUCUACGUCACGUACUGGCUCCUUCCCCCUGUCCCUUCCCAGGGCCCUGCCCCCACCCAGGCGGUUCCCUGGCAGCCGGAGGCCCUUCAGUGUGGAGUUGCCCUUCAUAGCAGCAACCAUCUCAGGCAGAAAUUGGGCCGGGCGCUUCUCAAACAGACGGCAGAAGGAGAAGGUAAUCUCUGUCAAGAGAAAUUAGAAUAAAUUCUGAUGGCUAACAUUAGGACUUAGUGCUGCCCCUCCUGCCCCAAUUGGCCCUAGCAAGGGGUAUGAAUGUUUUUAUAGAAGCCCAGAAAGAGAAGGGAAUUUGCACAAGACCCCAAAGCAAGACUGGAACUAAAUCAGAUUCAAACGAGAAACUGAGCCCAGAUAUUCACUGUUGGGAGGUUUUCUACAUGAACAGUUCUCUGUUUAAUUUUUUCUCCUCUGUCCACUGACUGCCUUCUAUGCAGGGGUGGGCAUCAGGGGCAAGUCUGAAAGGGGAGCCUGACCCAGCAUAUUUAUCCUUAUCCACCAUUAUUUCUGUCAGCCACUGAAAGGUAAGAAAAACUUGAGUGAGGCACUCUAAAAGUGAGUAAUUUUCUUGUGUUUAGUAUAGGAGGAAUUGAGUUUGGGACCGAUUUUAGAAGGGAGAUCAUGCAGCUUCUAUCGCCAUUGUAUAGUUGAGUAUAUAAGGCCAAGAAAAGGAUAGUGGCUUGCUCAUUCAGUGAGACAGUGGCAGAGCCACAGUGAAGACCCAGGAAUGCCCCUGGUUCUGGAUGAAGAACUUACCUUGAAGAGUCAGAUUCUGUAGCAAAAAGAGCACCUCGCUCUGACAGUCAGCCAGAUUCAUGUCGUGAAAGCUCAGCCUCUUCAGGGCUAGGUUGUACUCUGCAGGGGGGCAGAGGCCAUGGGCCUUAACGUUCCCAAAGAACGAUACAAGGCCUCCUACCCUCCCUUUACCAGUCUAGCUGGGUCCUACCUUUGAGUGUCUGUAACACAAGCCCAAAAUCUUGGGGAGAGGCAAAGGUGGCACUAUCCAGAGACAGCUGCUGCAGAGAACCUGAGGCCUUCAGUACAGAGCAGAGCAGUGGGGCUGGUUGGGCUCCCCGUGGAAAUCCCAUCUCCAGCUGUUCCAGGCAGUUUUCUGGAUACAGUAAGGAGAAAAGAUUCUAGUUGAUCCUCUCCCUUCUAAUCCCAUAGCAGGUGCCAUCCUGUUCUUUAUAAAGAUUCACUAAAAAAUUUCAUCUACUUGUCAUUGAGUACACACUAUACAUUAGGUACUGUGCUAGGUUCUGGGAACAGCACUAAAUGAGAUUUAGUCCUUGCCCUUUUGGAACUUUUAGUCCAGAAAGACUAGACUACUCAGAUAAGCAAACAUGAGUGUGCCGAGUGGUGACAUAGGAAACAUACAGGAUCUAAGGGAACAGAAAGAAGAGGGUCCUAGAUGGCCUUUUUAGAGACUAAUCUGUCAUGGUCACUUCCUACUGGGCUUACAGUGGUCUGGGCCCUCUCCAAGCCAUGGCUAUCUCUGAACAGCAGGCUAUAAAGAGGGAAUGGAUUUCAUUCCCUCUUUAAGGAAUGAGUGGUGCCAGGCCUGUAUUAGCGGUCUUCCCACCUUCCUCACACAAAUGCACCUGCACAUUUGUGUGGACACACACACAUACACACACAGUGGUUCACCUGGUAUCUCCUCAUCUCCAAUUAUGUGGCUAGGGGGCCCUGCAUUCCCUGGCACAGCAGGGUUGUCCCUCUGGCUGGGGUGGUCAACACGGAUAGAGAGGACCCGCAGUAGGGGCAGGGCUCGCACAAUGGCACGUGUCAGCUCCAGGAUGGGCAGUGGUGAGAACAGAUCACUGAGAUGCAGGGCACGGAGGCGGCAUCCAGCCUGGCCUGACAGGGCCCGCAGACUGUCCAGCAGGCGGAAGAUGUUAGAGCCCAGGCCUAUAGCAGGAAAGAAGUUAGGUCAGUCAUGUGGGAGUGUCAGCAGGAAUAAAUUUCAGAGACAACUCCAGAUAUUUCUGUUGAUAACUACCAAAUCUCUUGAGCUUUGGAUCAGGUUAUUUAAAAUCAUUUGUCUCAACUA